ACGUGGGCGGGGUUUUUACGAGGUCAAUGGUUUCCGUAGCAACCAGACGCGUGUCGCCGCGUCUCCCCGUGUCCGCGUCUCCCAGUGUCCGUGUGUCCCCGUGUCCGUGUGUCUGCCUCCCCGUGUCCGUGUCUCCCCGUGUCCGUGUCUCCCCGUGUCCCCGCGUCUCGGAGUGCGGCUAUGUGAUUGCCACGUGGCACGGAUUGAUCGAGGAGCUCGCAAAGACAAUGUGGCACCCGGGGGAGGGGGGCCCUGGUGGCGCUGAGCAGGGAGGAGUGGGGGGCCCCGAGCGGGGAACAGUGGGGGGCCCUGGCGGCGCGGAGCGGGGAGCAGUGGGGGGCUGCGAGCCGCCAGGAGGCUGGGACGUGGGAGCGCGUCGCCUGCUCACGCUGCACGCCUACAAACUCCUGCAGCUCAUCCGCGCCCAGGACGAGGCACAGGUUCGGAAGCUGUGCCGCCUGGGCUCACCGGGCCUGGUGAACACCGCGGAGCCUGAGACGGGCCAGUGUGGCCUGCACGUGGCGGCCGCCAUGAACCUCCACGCCAUGUGCACCAUGCUGCUAGCCCUGGGCGCACGACCAGACGUGCAGGACCACCAGGGCUGGAGCCCCGUGAUGGUGGCCGCGGCACUGGGCCACGAGUCCGUGGUGGAGGUGCUGGCCGCCGCCAAGGCCAACAUGGCCCUGCUGGACCGCGACGGCAGAGGGGUUCUCUUCCACUGCUUGCAGCCGUCUCAGCGGCACGAGCGAUGCAUGCGGCUGGUGCUGCGCGGCAACGCCGAUGUGAACGUGGUAUCGCGGCCCGGCACACAUGCGCUCUUCCUGGCCGCUCAGCUCUCGGCGAUCAGCCCCAACAUGAGCCUGCAGCUGCUGGAGCACGGAGCCAACGCCAAUGCAUCCGACAGCGCGACUGGCAGGAGCGCCCUCAUGGAGGCUGCCGCGGUGGGGGCCGUCGAGGUGGUGCGGGUGAUCCUCCGCUGCGGCGGCGACGUGAACGCUCGCGACAAGCAAGGCAGCCACUCCGCACACCGCGCCGCCCUCAACGGCCACUUCCAGGUGUUGCAGGUGCUUGCGGCAAUGGGAGCAGACUUGGGCUUGGUUGCUCUCGAUGGCAGCACGGCACUGCAUCUCGCCGCACUGAAAGGCCACACCGUCUGCUGCCGCUUCCUGGCCCAGCGAGGUUGUAACCCCAAGCUGAAGAAUGCAGAACGCCAGACGGCUCGCAUGCUGGCCAAGGAGUCUGGCCACAAGGCGACGGUGAAGGCCCUCCGCAAGGAGGAACGCCUGUUCUCACGCUCCCAACGGCCGCCUGCGGACGGCAAAAAGGGAGUGUGUUCUCAGCCCUGGGCAGUUCGCCUCUACGACUGGACACAGGAGUACAAGGAGGACCUGCGGGCAGAGCUGGGAGCGGUGUGCGGGCCGGACGGCUCCCUGGCCUCGGAACAGCUGCUGGAUGCACUGCGUCGGCAACGGGCGCCGCCCUUGGGGCCACCAGAGACGCAGCUCCUCCUUCAGGCUCACGACCUCAACAAAAGUGGAACGGUGGUGUUGGAAGAGUUCUUAAAGGGGAACAAAUACCUGGCCAAGUCUUACCUGAUGAGUGCCUUCGAGCCCAAAGGGAGGAAAGGGAAGAAGGGUCGCCGCAAGGGGAAGGCCAAGAAAUUCACGGUGCCCCUGCCCAUCUGUGUGGUUCCAGAGGGGGUAACCCCAAGACGGGCAGACGGGGGGCCUCCUUUGCAUGCCAUUGAGCAGCUGAGUCUCACCACGGACUGUGGACGGUUUGACCGGGACCACCGCCCUGCCCACCCCAUCGAGGACGACUCAGCCUGGUACAUGGCAGCGCCAGAGCGCACCUUCGUUGGCGUGACAGCGGCGGUACGCGGCGGUGACUGCGAGUCCCUGCUGCGCGCCUUCUCCCAGGACGUCCCCGUCGAUGUGCGAGACCCCUUCUAUAAGACGCCGCUCAUGGCCGCCGCUGCGCAUGGGAACAUGGAGCUCGCCGCACACUUGUUACAGCUCGGGGCCGAUGUGCAGGCCCGUGACGCAUACCGAUGGACGGCGCUGCACCACGCGUGCCACGCGGGGCAGGCGGACAUCGCCGCGCUGCUCUUGGACGCCGGCGCCGAGGCCAACGCCAUGACGCUCGGUGGCUCCACCGCACUCAUGCGAGCCGCUGAGAGUGGCCGCCUGGACUGCGUGACGCUGCUGUUGGAGCGGGGCGCCCGCCUGGCUCAGAGGAACAAGCAAGAUAAUACGGCGCUGGAAGUGGCGCAGGCGUUCGGGGAGCCUCGCAUUACCGCCGUGCUGCAGGCGCGGUUCGACGCCCUGCCCAGAGCCAAGGAGAGCCGCGGCGGCAAUCGCAAGAAGGGCGACCUGCAGGCGGCAUCAGCGAGGGCGAGCUCGCGGCCACACACCUCCCCCACCGAGGCCUCGAGCCAGCCCGCCAGAGACCAGCGCCUCGCUGAUAAGGUGGGCACGGUGGAAGAAACCGAGGGAGUCGCGAGGGUGCAGCGAGCACAGCGCAGCAGCAUGCUGCACGAGGCGACGCGCUUCGCCAGGAGAGCCAACCAGAUCAACGUCACCUUCACUCCCAGGACGGACUGGCGCUCCCAAGCCAGCACUCCGGCGCUACUGCAUCAGAAAGAGUCCCUGAGGCAGCGCUUCUCAGAAGACAUCGAUUUCCCAGGAUUUCAAAUGCCCUUUCAGAAGGGGGUCACACAGCGCGCUGCGCUGUUCGGGGCACUUGACUCAAGGGACUAGUACUCGUCUCAAGGGACUAAACUUGCCCCUGCUUGGUGAGAUGGCCGUUGCAAAGGCCACGGUAAUGCACUCUACUCUUGCAGGAUUAUCAAAAACCAUAAUAAGCCUUGGUGGGGUUUUACCCGGGUUUGACCUGGACAAUCCGGAACUUGGCAUCUGUGUCCAGGUGGCAAAAAUGUAUUUGUUACGAGAUAUCGUGGUAUUCUUUGCCUUGAACUUUACAGAAAACUGCACAAUUUUGACAGACCUAAGCUGACAGAGAUAUAUGUCUGGGUUUAGUCUGUAAAAAGGGUGCCAAACCAUAACUUUGUGUUAUUUUAAGCAAUGACCUCAUAGAUCAAACCUAUAAGUAUAGUUGUCAGUGCCACCGCUGCACAUGUGCCCUGUGCAUUGUGUAAACUCAGCCAUUUGCUGCCCCGUGUUGAGAAGUGAGGAUCUGUGGUGCCCCCGUGUGUAUCUGGUGCUGCAGGUGACCUUAUUUGUGCGGCACACAACGCGGAUGUCUGCGUGUGCCUCAAUGUAGCUGACACAGCCCGUUGUUUAGGGAUAUUUCUGUUCUGUAUUUCCAAAAUAAUUUAAAAUUUAUUCGAGCAUUUGCAGUCGUGAAUCUGUUUCAUCCACCAAUGUUGUACCAAUAAAAACAUUUCAAUGCGCACAUUGACCAUG